AUGACUCGGAUCGCCCAUCUCAUCAGCCGAACAUCGAUCCCGAUCCACCGAGACCGGGAUCACAAGUUCACAAGAGCCGUCGCCUCCGAAGGAGAGGCUGGACUACCGCCUCAGGGAAGCUCGGAGCAGAGAAAGAAAGGAAUCAGAUCGCGAGUCAUUACAAUUUACGAUGGACCCGGUAAGAUACCCUAUCUCACCAUACACGCUCUCCUACUCUCAGCUAACCCAGAUUACGCCCAUCAGCAGUCAACAGGCGAAUCACAACAGCAGCCUAUCGAAGCCGACAUCAACGAAUACAAACAUUUUGUGACCCUGCACAGCUAUAAAGAAAACCAACAAACCGAACACUUCGCAGUAGUUUCUAAGGUUGUUGGAAUCGAAAGACUACGAAACUAUCAUGACGACCUGGAAGAGAUCCUCAAACUGAAGUCGCCCGAUACAAAUCAAGAAGACGUCAUAUCCCAAUGGGUAAAAUUCUUCCAAGGGUACAAAGGCUCCUUUACCAGGCUCAAGAAGAUUCUCAAUCUCACUGAUGCAGAUCAUGAGGAUCAAAUCGAGCAACUUGUCGAGCUUGCUCACUUCAUUCGAUUCCCCACGGUGAAAGAGCCCUCUGGAAUGUCGCAAGAAGAGAUGCUCACCAGAAUUCUGCAAAGGUACCUUACAAAGCUGGAAAACAUCCUAAAACUGAAGCCGCCCGAUACAAAGCAGGAAGACGUCAUAUUGCGAUGGGCAAAAUUCUUCCAAGGGUACAAAGGCUCCUUUACCAAGCUGAAGAAGAUUCUGAAUCUCACCAAUGCAGACCAUGAGAAUGAAAUCAAGCAACUUGUCGAGCUUGCUCACUUCAUUCGAUUCCCCACGGUGAAAGAACCCUCUGGAAUGUCGCAAGAAGAGAUGCUCACCAAAAUCCAGCAGUCAACCGAAGAAUCUCGCAAAUCUCAAGAUGAACUUACUGAAUUUGAGCACUUCAAGAAGCUUCAUGCGUAUCGUGAAAAAGUUGAAGAAAAAAUCAUUUUGAUUGUGGAGGCUGCCGGAGUGGCAAGGCUGCGAAAGUACCAUGAAGACCUGGAAAUGUUCAUCAAGUCGCUCAAAGGAAGCCUACCUGCUUUCCAGUACCUCUACAGAAGAUUUUACGAGGGAGGCAGUGACUCACUCCGCGAGCUCAAGGAAUAUGUCGGACUCCAGGAUGCAGUUCAUCAGAAUAAAAUCGAUAAACUCACCCAGCUCGCUUACUUCAAACGAUUCCCCACGCGGCAAGACUCCGGAAUGUUGCCAGACCAAAUGCUUCUCGCACUCGGGCCUACAAAGUCUCCACCUAAAACAGCAAUUGACACUGUGGAACGGCUCGCGCGGUCUGCCGAAAUUGUCCGGGAAGGUUUCAAGGUACCAUAUGUGGCGUACAAUUCUAUUGUGACACCAGCUCUCGAGACCCUCCGCGACGUCAAGCCAUCAACGACCAAUUAA